ACCCAUGACAGUUUCACAUUUAGUAAUCUUUAGGGCCUAAUGUCGGCACAGUCAAGCUGAUCUGAAUUAUAAUACCCAUAUUUUUAUUUCAAGUCACAUAAAUCUUUGCUGGAAGGGCUUGUGUCUGGAUUGAGAAUUUAUUUGGGUUGUAAAUGAGGCUGUGUUCAUACAUCUGGGCUUUAGAAACGGAAGCUUUGUUAAAAGUCUUGGGCGGGCGGUUUAGAGCACUGAAAUGGCACUUCCUGAGAAGUCACAUUUAACAUGAAAUACUUUAUCUCGUGCACACUAAGAGAAAUGAGAGAGUAACAAAUUAACUAGUUCAGCCUUACUGCAGGAUUUUGACUGAAACAACAGAUUCUCUUCACUCCUAAAUGUUUUACAGCACCAACCAAAAGAGGAACUAUGUCAUCUAACUUAACAUGUGAGGAGGGCACAGCUGAAUGGUAUCAGAAUCAGACAAACUAUGUUUUUGUUGCUGUAUAUAGUGUGGUCUGUAUAACUGGGAUCACGCUCAACUUUAUGGCAAUUGUAGUUUUUUUCUGCUACACCAAGUCACGCUCACACACCAUUGUAUACAUGACCAACCUUGCUAUAGCAGAUCUCCUUCUGGUUUGUACUCUACCAUUACGGAUCUAUUAUCACUUGGGAUUUCAAGGCCUAUCACAAAAGAUCUGUGAACUUGCUGGUCUUGUGCUGUUAGCCAACAUGUAUGGAAGCAUCUUUCUCCUUACCUGUGUUAGCCUUGACCGUUGCCUGGCUGUCUGCUUCCCUAUGUCAUCCCGAGUGCGUGAAGGCCGCAAAAAGGCACCACUAGUCUGUCUGGGGAUUUGGAUGCUAACAACAGGAGCCAGUCUGCCGAUGUACCUGACUAAUAAAAAGGAGGAAAACCACACCAAGUGUUUUAGAAGCUUUCCAGCAUAUGCCACAAACAUCAAUGCCAUUGCCUCCUCACUGACAGUAGGAUUUGGGAUGCCACUGAUCAUCAUGGUUAUCUGUUCAUGGGGGUUAGUACGUGCUGUCAGGAAUAGCACUGCAGUCCAGACCUCUGGCUUGAUUGACAGCUGCAAGAUCCAGAGGAUGGUAAGCAUUAACCUGGCCAUAUUUCUGUGCUGCUUUCUGCCAUAUCAUGCCAUGCUGGUGGUGAUUUACUCCUAUAGACACGAUACUGAGAGGAUACCAUGCUCAGUGAUGUCUGCCUACUACUAUACUUUGAUGGUAACUUGUCUGAAUGCCAUUCUGGACCCACUGGCGUACUAUUUUACUACAGAGACGUUCCGUAAAAAUGUUGAAAUAGAUGCUGUUCGGAGAAUGUUGCCAAUGAACAACAUGAGCUCUGAUGGAAACACCCGCUCCAAAGCACUUGCCAGUACCUAAAGUCAAAAAUAGUCUUUUUGGCUGUAAGUAGUGGAAAUUACAAUUGACAGACAUCUGCAUCAUAAAAAUAAACAUUAUGGUGACAUAUUGCUGACUUCUUAUUGGUGUUGUUUUUUGUCUUUUUUAAAUUAUAAUAAUAAUAAUCCCUCCAUUAAAUGAAUACUGUCUAAGUAUUCACAUUUAGUUGAUUCUGUUUCUAUGGUUAAACUGGUGUAACUGGGUGUUGCAAACAGAAUUUAUUUUUAUUUAAUAGUAUAUAGUGUUCUAUUUCCACAUAUAGAAUUCAGCAGUAUUGGACUUAGUAUUUUUGUUAUUGCCCUUAUUAAUAAUAGUGAACAUAUUAUGCUGAUAUCCAUGAUAUACUGAUGAUAUUCUGUAUAAAUCAUCAAAAAAAAUUGAUGUUUGUGAAAAAUAUAAUUGUUUUAUUUUUUUGCUUGUUUUAUUGUUAUUUUUCAUUAUUAAGAAAUACAUUUGCAGCCUAUUCAUUAUGUUAGGUUAACCAGACAUUCACAGAACAUGUUUUGGAACCAGUCUUGAUAAUAAACCACAAUUGAAAUACUGGAGCGUGUUGGAGGGUAAAAGAUAAUUAAUUGCCAUGUUAUAUCAAAUCAGAGACUGUCUUACUUAAGGUUCCAUGGGCUUGUAAUGAAAAUGGUCCAGUUUGGGGGUGGUAAAGAAUAACCAGUUCUUCCAGGCUGGCCAGUUCUAGGGUACAAGUAUUUCUAGUGUUUGUUUAUCAUGUGAUUCAGGUUAUAAUGUGGGUAUCAGGGAAAGUAUAUAUGCUAUAAAAUGAUCUAUCUAUGGCCCUGUGCUAUUGAUGGGAUGGUUGUGAGUUCAAAUCCGGGCACCACUAAACUGCCACUGUUGGGCUCUUGAGUAAGAACCUCAUAGUUGAUCUACUCACCUCAAAAUGUUGGGCCUGUCAACAUGCAGAUCUACAUGUAAAAUCUUCCUUUCCACUGUCAUGUUGAUGCCGGAAAUGGCAUCUAACUACACUUCUGAGAAUUCAGCACAAUCUGUAAACAAGACUGCUGAGGACUACAACACCGAAACUCUUUGUACUGAAGGACUUUCAGUUCACAUAAGCAUGUGAAGUAUACACUGUCAUUUUGUACCAGUCGAUACCAAAACAUUUGAUUACCGUGUGUGUCCCUGGUUUUUGAUCUAGUUGUAUUUUUCUCAUUUUGUGAUUUUGCCUAGCCCAGUUCAUGUUGUUUGCUCAUCGCCUGACCCUUGCCUGUUUCUUUACAUCACUUUUGUAUUAUCUGUCUGUCUUGUUGCUACGUUGAAUAAAACCACUGAGGAUGUGCA